GGGGACACACAAGCAGGAAUAUCUCAGAAGGACAUCUAAUGUUAUCCCCGGAUUGUGAAAUAAGAGAUAAUGACAGUAUACAGGAAUCUCCAGGAGCAAACCCCAUUGCCCCAAUUAUACAUCCAGCUCUAUCAGCUGAUCCCCCUGAUCCUGGGAAAUGUUCUCCUGAUCACUCUGAUAUUGGUGCAUCUGUUACAGCUCUAACAGUAGAUACAGUGUUUCCAUGUUCUAUAGAUGCCAAAUGUUUUACACAGAACACAAAGCGUAUUACCCAUCAGCCCGCUAAGGCAGGUGAGAGGUCAUUUCCAUGUUCUGAGUGUGGGAAAUGUUUUACAUACAAAUCAGCUCUUGUUACACAUCAGAGAAGACACACAGGUGAGAAGCUAUUUCCAUGUUCUGAGUGUAAGAAAUGUUUUGCAUGGAAAUCACAUCUGGUUACACACCAGCAAAUUCACACAGGUGAGAAGCCAUUUCCAUGUUCUGAGUGUGGGAAAUGUUUUGCACGGAAAUCACAUCUUGUUAGACAUCAGCAAAGUCACACAGGUGAGAAGCCAUUUCCAUGUUCUGAGUGUGGGAAAUGUUUUGCACAGAAAUCAGAACUUGUUAUACAUCAGAAAAGUCACACAGGUGAGAAGCCAUUUCCAUGUUCUGAGUGUGGGAAAUGUUUUGCACAGAAAUCAGAACUUGUUAAACAUCACAGAAGUCACACAGGUGCGAAGCCAUUUCCAUGUUCUGAGUGUGGGAAAUGUUUUGCAUUCAAAUCAGAUCUUGUUAAACAUCAGAGAAGUCACACAGGUGAGAAGCCGUUUUCUUGCUCUGAGUGCGGGAAAUGUUUUUCCUGGAAAUCACUACUUGUUAUACAUCUGCGAAGUCACACAGGGGAGAAUCCAUUUCCAUGUUCUGAGUGUGGGAAAUGUUUUCAACACAAAUCACAUCUUGUUACACAUCAAAGAAGUCACACAGGUGAGAAGCCAUUUCAAUGUUCUGAGUGUGGAAAAUGUUUUAUUCAGAAAACACAACUUGUUAUACAUCAGAGAAGUCACACAGGAGAGAAGCCAUUUCCAUGUUCUGAGUAUGCCAAAUGUUUUAUACAGAACACAAAGCUUAUUACCCAUCAGCCAGCUAUGGCAGGUGAGACUCCAUUUCCAUGUUCUGAGUGUGGAAAAUGUUUUACAUACAAAUCACUUCUUGUAAUACAUAAGAGAAUACAUACAGGUGAGAAACCAUAUUCCUGUUCUGAGUGUGGGAAAUGUUUUACAUACAAAUCAACUCUUGAUGCACAUAAGAGAAGUCACACAGGUACAUCACCAUUCCCAUGUUCUGAGUGUGGGAAAUAUUUUGCACGGAAAUCACAACUUAUUACACAUCAGCGAAGUCACACAGGUGAGAAGCCAUUUCCAUGUUCUGAGUGUGGGAAAUGUUUUACCCAGAAAUCACAACUUAUUAAACAUCAGCGAAGUCACACAGGUGAAAGGCCAUUUCCAUGUUCUGAGUGUGGGAAAUGUUUUGCAUGGAAAUCACAACUUAUUACACAUCAGCGAAGUCACACAGGUGAGAAGCCAUUUCCAUGUUCUGAGUGUGGGAAAUGUUUUACCCAGAAAUCACAACUUAUUAAACAUCAGCGAAGUCACACAGGUGAAAGGCCAUUUCCAUGUCCUGAGUGUGGGAAAUGUUUUGCACAGAAAUCAGAUCUUGUUAGUCAUAACAGAAGUCACACAGGUGAGAAUCCAAUUUCUUGCUCUGAGUGUGGGAAAUGUUUUACACGGAAAUCACAACUUGUUACACAUCAGCGAAGUCACACAGGUGAAAGGCCAUUUCCAUGUCCUGAGUGCGGGAAAUGUUUUGCACAGAAAUCAGAUCUUGUUAGUCAUAACAGAAGUCACACAGGUGAGAAUCCAAUUUCUUGCUCUGAGUGUGGGAAAUGUUUUACACGGAAAUCACAACUUGUUAUACAUCACAGAAGUCACACAGGUGAGAAGCCAUUUUCUUGCUCUGAGUGUGGGAAAUGUUUUGCCCGGAAAUCACAACUUGUUAUACAUCGCAGAAGUCACACAGGUGCGAAGCCAUUUUCUUGCUCCGAGUGUGGGAAAUGUUUUACAAUGAAAUCACAUCUUGUUAGACAUCAGCAAAGUCACACAGGUGAGAAGCCAUUUCCAUGUUUUGAGUGUGGGAAAGGUUUUGCACGCAAAUCAGCUCUUUUUAUACAUCACAGAAGUCACACAGGUGAGAAGCCAUUUCCAUGUUCUGAGUGUGGGAAAGGUUUUGCACACAAAUCAGUUCUUGUUACACAUCACAGAAGUCACACAGGUGAGAAGCCAUUUUCAUGUUCUGAGUGUGGGAAAUGUUUUACACAGAAAUCACAACUUGUUACACACCAGAGAAGUCACACAGGUGAGAAGCCAUUUCCAUGUUCUAAGUGUGGGAAAUGUUUUGCACAGAAAUCACAACUUGUUACACACCAGAGAAGUCACACAGGUGAGAAGCCAUUUCCAUGUUCUAAGUGUGGGAAAUGUUUUGCACAGAAAUCACAACUUGUUACACACCAGAGAAGUCACACAGGUGAGAAGCCAUGUUAAUCUUCUGGAGUAUACUUAUCAUUGCCAUGCGUUGCUCUUCAAGUUUCUUUUCCUAUCUCCUAUGCUUUUUGCAAAAUACAUGCUCCUGCAGGGUGAAAUAAUCAGGUGUCAUGCCCUCAUCUACCACUGCUAUGUAGAUGACCUGUCUUUUGCUCCAAGUACUGAGAACCCAGUACCAAUCCUAAAUGUCUAGCUGAGCUCCAGGUGUGGGUGAUGCCAGUUCGCUGUGACUCAAACCUGGUGAAUCGUCCUUAUGAUAGAAGCUCACCAACAAAGGGCAGGGCUACAGCUCAGCUUUGCAAACCAACUAGACUUGUGCUUGGAUCUUCAGAGUUACAAAAUGCUGAUCAUGUGCGGAAUCUUGGUGUCCUGGAUUAUGGAGUGACACUUAGACAUCAGGUAUCAGCCACAAUCAGAUCCUCAUCUGAGGAACAUAGCCAGACUCCAGCACUUAUUUCCCUCAGAAGAUCUACCUACAGUCAUACAUGCAUUGCAUCAUCACACAUAGACUACUGUAAUGUCCUCUACCUGGGUCUCCCAGCAAAAGAAUUGCACCGCUUGUAGCUUUUACAGAAUGCAGCAGCCAGGCUGUUACCUAACCAACCUGUUCCUGCCACAUAACACCCAUUCUCUGCUCCCUUCACCGGCUACCUGUAAGAUGGUGACUCUAUUACAUAAUCUUUCUGACUCUCCCAGCCCUAAAUGACCAGGGUCCUUGGUACCAGAAGCAGCUUCUGCCUCCUUACUGCCCUGCUUACUUCCAUAUGGAGAUGAAGGACUGUUACCAGCAAUACCAAGAAUCCCCAAGCAGUGCUGAGAUGUCAGGGGGGAGACAGAGUGGUGGCACUAUUGCUGUAGUGGGGCCUGCCGAAGGCAUUGUCAGUGGGUAAUAUUGUCCUCAAGCGGUGCUGAGGUGUCAGGGGGAGACACAGUGGCUGGCAGUAGUGGGGGGAAGACUUUG